CCUGCCUCGGCGCUCCAAUGGACUUUCAGUAUCAGUGCAGCUCCAAAGGCGGGCAGGAGGACUGCGAAUUUAGCGUCUCUACUACACGGUCCAACAUGAUAACAGCAGCAUAAACUUUUCUCUUCGUCUGUUUUUAGAUUUCAUAAAGAACAAUGCCAGAGCAGAGCAACGAUUAUCGUGUGGUUGUGUUUGGGGCUGGCGGGGUCGGCAAGAGUUCCCUUGUCCUGCGCUUUGUGAAGGGGACAUUCCGCGAGAGCUACAUCCCCACCAUCGAGGACACGUACAGGCAGGUAAUCAGCUGUGACAAGAGCAUCUGCACCCUUCAGAUCACAGACACAACAGGCAGUCAUCAGUUCCCUGCCAUGCAACGCCUGUCCAUCUCUAAGGGUCACGCCUUCAUCCUGGUCUACUCCAUCACCAGCAAGCAGUCUCUGGAAGAGCUAAAGCCCAUCUUCGAACAGAUCUGCCAGAUCAAAGGUGACGUGGAGAGUAUUCCUAUCAUGCUGGUGGGCAACAAAAUUGAUGAGACCAGUGGCCGUGAGGUGGAGACCAGCGACGGCGAGGCCAUGUCGAAGAGGUGGAAGUGCGCGUUCAUGGAGACUUCAGCCAAAACCAACCACAAUGUAAAAGAGCUCUUCCAGGAGCUGCUGAACCUGGAGAAGCGCAGGACUGUCAGCCUCCAGAUCGACGGCAAAAAGAACAAGCAACAGAAACGGGCUGAGAAGCUUAAGGGAAAGUGUGUUGUCAUGUGAGGCAUCAAAAGAGGACGUGUCUGGAUUCAGUCAGAGGGAAACCAAGGACAUUCAAGCUUUCACAACGUAGCAGUUCUGGCUAACAGCUAUCCCACCUCACAAAGAAAGAUAUGCACGUUUAAACCAUAACACUUUGUCUUGGGACAGGUGACUUGUUGAGUGAAGGGAUUGUUGGAGUUCACUGACAGUCAAUUUACAAAAAAAAGAACCUCGGAGAACCAUUCUGAAAUUAAGCCGCUUUCACCCUGUCCUGCUCUGAAAGCUAUUAUUAAGAUUCAGUCUCACAAUCUUGCAAGUUGGCACCAGAUGUUAGUGAAUGACAGCAGUGUUUAAUGCUUUACCACUUCUCUCAUGCUCUCAUACUGCACAGUUCAGGUGUAACUUCAAACUGCAAGGAUCCAGUAGUAACGGUUUCUGUGAAUAACACUUAAAGUCAUAAGAUGAGGAAAGCAUGGAAGAAGGUGGAAUUGUAGACAUCAGUUUAAAUCAUUCGCCCCUGAGAUGGAUGCUAUACAAAGCAAUAUGUAUAAAUUAUACAGAUUUGAGUAUUUUGAAAGAUCGUUGAAUUGAUCGUAUGAAAACUAAAACAUGUAGAAACACAAAGAAGCUGCUGAUUUCUGGUCUCUUAUACAGCCAGUACAGUUUAAAUGGUAUAACAUUCACCCUUUAACAGUUUAAUAAGUAAUAUCUUUGAAUUUCGUCAAUUGUAUUUUAGUGGCUUUGUGUUAGUCACAUAACUUGUCAAGACAAGGCAGGAAGUAAUCUAAAGUUUAGAGUAAUCUAAAGUUUAGAGUUAUUUUCUCUAAACAAUAUAUAAAGGACGGUGAUCCUUUAUAUUCCUUACAUUUAUAGUAAUAUUCUUAACAUUUAUUAAUCUUCUUAAUAUUGUACACAGUACGCAGAAGAUAAUUGCAGUAGGAAAGUCCCGCCUUUAAAUUUUACCAAAUGGUGUUCACUAGCUAGAUGAGCAGUUAUCAACAAAUGAUGAAUAACAUAUAUUCUAACACAUAUAUAACAUAUAACAUAUAUUCUAACAAUGACAGAUAUUAAAGUAUGACUUUAUUCUGUCGGAGAUAUGUCAGAUUCAUUUGAUUCCAAUCAAUGAGAUUGAGUCAGUGCCUUUAUUAAGGUUCGAGGAUGCUGAUUUCCAAAUUAAGAGUACGUGACGUGUUUACAGAUUAUGGUGAAAGCUUGAUCUAUCAAUCAUGACCCAUGUGUGUGUGUUCAUUGAGGACCCACUUACCAAAGGCAUAUGAAUCACUAUUUAAAUUUCAACCUUGCUUUUUGUGAUAAUAAUUCACUAAAAAAUAAUGGCAGAUGUCCUUUAUCCCAGAUGCCUCAUUUAGAGGGAUAAUAACCUGGUGUGGCAGUAUUCCGAGUUUGUUACAGAAUGUGGGUUUAAAAGGUCAGAGCAUUAAAAAAAUGUUACUUACUGUAUUUUAUGAAAUCAGAACGUGGCCUUUUUGCGAUUGGAGCAUGUGGUGAUUGAUUAAGUGGAUUGGUCUGAUGAAACUGGUAAGAUUUUAUAAACUAUAUAUAUAAAGCUUUACAGCAGGAUUGCAUGAUUCCAGCAGCAGCAGGAAAGAGCUUCAGAUAAUGACUGCGCUAAACUAACUAACAAAACCAUAAACCAUACUUAACAAGCACCCGAGUAUGUUUUCCAUAGGCCUAGAGUCAAAUAUCCUCUCUAAUGUUUAUGAGAGGAAUAACAUAUGUAUAGAUUUAGCAUGAUGGGUCUUGUAAUUAUUAUGGUAGGAUCUGGCUUUAUGGCUAGCGUAUAUAGCUGCUUCGGCUGUCUUUCUUUACAUCAGUACUGCUCACACCGCAACAGAUACAGUGUGCUAUUUAUUUAAGUGAUAUAUUGUCACAGGAAUGUCACUAGUAUGGUUGUAACAAGAAGCAAAAGAAAGACAAUAGACUAUAUGCAGUCGCAGUAGAUAAAUAUAUCCUCUAUCCAAAACUUUUAGUUACAGGCACCAACGUGCCAGUAAGAGUUGAUGGUAUGUGUUACUUAGGCAAGGAAAGAUCAUAGGAUCACUGAUAAAGUUAAAUAAACCUGUUUGUUUGCUAUGAAUGAAUUGUAAAAUGAAUAUCAUAUAAAAUGAUGUAAUAUUGUUUUAAUGAACUGCCUGUAAAACAUCAUGUGUGCCUACAAGUUUAUAUAUUACUGUAAAUAUAUCAGAAAAUAAAGAUAGUUCUGCAUUUGAA